AUGAGUGCUACAUUUGUGGAUGAAACUGUUAUGAAAAUCAACUUGAUUAAAGAAAUAUUGAAAGCUGCACAAGAUAGACAACAGAAGUAUUACAAUCAGAAGCACAGAUUUGUGAAAUUUCAAGUUGGUGACUUUGUGUAUGUCAAAAUCAAUCCGAUGAAAGGAGUCAGCAGAUUUGGAAGAGUGAGUAAGCUCAAUCCAAGGUAUGUUGGACCUUUUGAAAUCCUUGAAAGGAUUGAUAAAUCUGCUUACAUACUGUUACUAUCUGAUCAGAUAUCUGAUGUGCACAAUGUUUUUCACGUAUCCUCUUUGAGAAAAUGGAUAUCUGAUUCUGACAAGAAGUUGUCUGCUGAUGAGGUUGAGAUUCAGGAGAAUCUGCAGUACAAAGAAGAACCUGAAAAAAUUUUGGCCUACGAUGUUCGUAAGUUAAGAAGUAAACAGAUUCCUAUGGUUAAAGUUCAGUGGAAGCACCGAACAGCACGAGAAGCGACUUGGGAGGAGUCGGAUAUGAGGCAGUCGUAUCCAUAUCUGUUUUGA